GCCCAUCCAAACACAGCUCGGGGUGCUGGCAUGUGGAGCGCACGGUGGGUAAACACUGGAAGAUUGCGCGCAGAUCGAAAGGGGACUUCCAUUCCUGCGAGAAGGAAGCAGUGCUCUUCCCAUUUGCUGCGCUCUGAACAAAGAUGACUUCGAAGCAGGAAGAUGCAGCCCUAGCCAAUUUCCUGCAGUUUAUUGAAGACAAGGGAUUGAGGGCCUACGAUGCUCUGGUGAUUCAGAACGCCUCAGACAUUGCUCGGGAAAAUGACCGUAUGCGGAACGAAACAAACCUGGCUUACCUCAAAGAGAAAAGCGAGAGACGCCGUAGACAGGAGGAGGCAAUAAAACGGCUGGGUGGAGAAGUUGGAAAGGGAAGUGACGGCAGCUGCAUGGGAAAGCACUUCCGCAUGGGAUUCAUGACCAUGCCAGCCCCUCAGGACCGUCUGCCCCACCCCUGUUCCAGUGGCUUUUCCGUUAGGUCACAGUCGCUACAUUCUGUGGGGGGCGGCGAUGACGAGAGUCACACCUGUGCACGCAAACAGCCUCCGCCGAAACCCAAGCGAGCACCGAGCACAAAGCUGAGCAUCUCCACGGAGACGGUGAACGCCGGAACAUCAGGGACCCCUGGAACGCCAGGGACCCCCGGAUCGGCAGCCACACCGGGAAUGCCGGGAGCAUCAGGGACGGCAACGAAAGAGGCCGACAAAAAUUCAGCGUCAAAGCCGAGACCGCACAGUGACGAGUGGCAAAAAAUUCCACCCCCUAAACCAAGGCGGGACCCAAACACGCAGCUCAGUACAUCCUUCGAUGAGACGUAUGGAACCAAGCACGGCAGCAGGAAGUCCACAGCCACGCCAGGCAUAGAGAACACUUCAGGCCAGGCUUUCAGUCCCACUCCAGACAAUGAAGAGGAGCCGGUGUACAUUGAAAUGGUUGGGAAUAUAUUGCGGGAUUUUAAACGGCAUGAGGAGGAUCAGAGCGAAGCAGUGUACGAGGAAAUGAAAUACCCAAUAUUCGACGAUGUGGGUCAGGACACCAAAUGGACCAGUUCAGGCGGGUUGGACCCUCAUUCUCAGUGUGCUACUCCUACAGUGCCUGACCUGGAAAUCAAGUCUUCAGUGCCAUCUACUCCUAAGGGCUUAUAUUGUGAGAUUCCACCUCCAUUUCCAAACCUGCUCCCUCAUCGACCCCCACUACUUGUGUUUCCACCCGCCCCGGCCCAGUGCUCUCCGGCCUCGGAUGAAUCUCCUUUAACUCCACUUGAAGUCGCAAAGCUCCCGGUCUUGGAAACGAGCAUAUCCUUCAUCAAGCAAGCUGGUGCUUCUCCACCAUCACUCCCAUCACAGUCUUCUGGACAUCAGAAAGCAGAGAAAGACAUGCCCUCCUCCCAUGGGAUAAGUGCAACUGGAAGGGCUUCCUCCCCACCGCUCCCAUCCACUCUAUACAGGACACCCUCACCUCAUAGUCUUCAAGGUCACUUUAGUCACGCCAUGUCCCCAUCUCCAGUCAGUAUGGGACGAUCCAUGACUCCUUUAGGCCUAAAAAAGCCCCCGCCCUAUGACACUCUACAUUCAGGGAGUGGAUCAAGAAGCUCUCCUACAGUGCCUCAACCUGUGGUCAAGGAAGGAGGAAAGACCAAUGCCUCUACAUCCCAUGGAUCACGUUCCAGGACGCCAACCAGCCCCCUGGAAGAGCUCAGCUGCCUGUUCACCUCAGGAAGGAGCCUGCUGAGGAAAUCUGCCAGCGGCAGGAAAUCCAAGGAGCCCAUGGAGAAACCAGGGGAUGACCUGAAGGUGAGAAGCUCCAGCGUCGAGCCCUUGCUGAGAACAGAAAGCAAAGAGCGAGGGGCACACGGCGGGGGGCCACCAACUUCAGGAGAAACAAUCAAAUCUCAGGAAUGGGAUGGGACCGUGGGACCAUCAGCUGUGGUGUCCAGCCGGUUGGGAAGGUCAUCGGUCAGUCCGACUCUCCUCGCAGGACACAGCAGCUCGGACACAAUGCGGCCAGAAUCUAGGGGAAGCUGCAAGCUUGGCCGAUCUGCUUCCACUUCAGGUGUGCCUCCUCCAUCAAUCACUCCUCUCAGGCAGUCCAGUGACGUACAGCAGAGCCAGGCGUUGUAUCAGCAGUGGUUCUAUGGCGACAGCACGUUACUUGAAACGAUCGAGAAGAAGCGAUAUUUGUGUAAAGAGAUCAAGUCUCGACAGAAGCCGGAGAAGGGCCUUUGUAAACAAGACAGCAUGCCCAUCCUCCCCAGCUGGAAGAAAAACAACACGGCAAAGAGUUUAAAAAUGACUACCCCUCCCUGUACAAAACAGGCAGUUCUUUGGGACACGGCAAUCUGACAAAGUCCUCUGUGAAGCAUGCUUCCCCCAAGGUUGCGACUUCUGCCCUUUGCAGGCACCCUCAAAGGGUCAUUUCCCAGAUGACUCCCGUGACCUUUGACACCCGCCUCAGCCUACCCAUCUGGGCCCACGGUUUAUUCAGUUCAACGAUCCAGUUGCCUUGAGGAGACCAUGGUUCACUGUGACCAGAGCCAACAUGUCACAUGACAGAGGCUGAACCUAAUACCAUGCAGAUCGACUAUGGCCGAGACCCGUGUCUCGAUGGCCUUACAGAAGCACUGUAACAAAAACUUGUACUGACAAAAUAUUGUUAUAAGAUGAAUGAUUCCACAGCUGUGCUGUAUUAUCGGAAAGGAUUUUUAAUAAUAAUUAGUUGCGUGUCUGCUUUUGAGAGAUUGCAAAGGAUCUUAAGCAUGUACGUGUGUUGGGCGGGGGAGGAGAGAAGAAAGCAGAGGAGGGGUCAGGGUGUAGCCCUGUCCUGGGGCUUCUCUGCUAUAUUUAGACAUCCUGUGCUCUCUGAGCCUACAACGAUUGGAACUUUAUAUCUAUUGAUAAUUGAACCUACAGGCGAAGUGUAGGAACACACAAGUUUU